GGCCCUUAGGAGGUCAUGCAUGAGUGUGUGUGUGUGGUGUGUAAUCUGCAGCACGACCUGGCUCAGCCAUGUUUUAAUUGGUUUAAAGUGCACAUUAUAAUUGCUUUCUCCCACAAACCUCUUCAGGUUAAAGAAGAGACAAAGGCAGCCCCCAAGAGUUUGAAAGAGAGUUCAGAUAGUAAUGGCAGUUUCAGUAGUCGCUCCCAGUCAGUGCCCAGUCUGGAGCCUGCUAAAAGGCUGCUGCGGACCAAGAGCCCCCAGCCUGCUCGAGAUCCUCUUGGACAUGCCCAGUCCCAGCCCCAGUUCCGGGAGCGAUUCCAGAGCCCUUCACCCACAAGAAGCAGGUUUUCUAUUAUCAAGAACCCAGACCCAUCCAACAUCCAAGAGCACUUCAAAAGCCCUGAGCCCCGUCCAGGUUUGCAAAAUCAUGAGCCUGUCCUGAAUGGAAAUAGCAAGACCAAUGGUCCUUUAGCUAGCAACACCACAACCACAGUCAGUGCCUGUCAGCCAGAGAUGACCGAGGAACCGAAUGGUGUAACUUGCAAGAAGGUUGUGAAGGUGGUGAAGAGAGUGGUGAGGAGGAUAGAACCUGUAAAUGAGCACGCUGCUGCUACUUCUAAGUCCGCAACUCUUUGUCAGACUCCCACAGAGCCUCCAAAAUCUGCCUCUGAGCCACCCAAACCCUCAACAAUGUCUUUGAUACCCCAGUCUGCCCCUGAACCAUCCAAACCUAUGCCAACAUCUGUGCCCAAGGUCACAAAGAUGCCCAUGUUUUCUUUUAAACAUGACUCCAUAAAGAAGGAGGAGAGAGAUGACGUGUCCAAAGGAGUAACCAGCCUGUUGAUCCGGGGUAGGACCAGGGAGCUGCGACCUCGUCCUUGUAAGGAGGUGUCUGCAGAAAAACAAGAACCCAAAGAGGAGGUGAACACCGAGGACAAAACAACCUCGGCAGCAACAGGGAAGAGUGUGCAGAAACCAGAAGCCAAUCGAAGUAUGCAUUCAAAGCCAGCGGAAAAGACUUGGGCAUCUUCUCCUUCGAUCUCUCCUGCUACUUCACCUCCAGUUCAGUACCCCAUCACCCCACCAGCCGGAUUCAUCCCAGCUCCCAAGACAGUACUUGUGCCAAAGACUUCACACAUGGUUCCUCAGCCUGGUUUUAUUCCUAAAGCUACCGAAGUCAUUAAAACCCCUCCAGUUUCUGCACCACCAACAUCCAUUCCAAAUCCUAAACCUGCAUCCAUUGUGCCCAAGCCAGCUCCUGUAACUUCCAAAGCACCUCCAGUGCUUACUCCAGUCAAAUCUACCAUUAACUCAUGUCCUGAACUGUUGACUACUUCGCCCAGGUUCACCCCAACCCCCAAACAACUGACGACAAAGAUCCUAAAGGUGAAGACAGUAUCACGUCUAUCCUUGACCCAAACUGCAAACUCUUGUCAGGGCAUCAUAUCUAAAGUCUGUCAUCUACCGAUGAUCCAAAAGGGACAGGUGGACGAGGAUCCUGUGGCUGUCCUCCAGGCGGCCCAUGCUGCUGCCGCCCAGCCUCAGGUGAAGACGGAGGAGCAGAUAGCUGCAGAGCAGGCAUGGUACGGCUCGGAGAAAGUGUGGCUGGUCCACAAGGAUGGCUUCUCUUUGGCCACUUUGGUGAAGACAGAGGCGGGCAGCCUGCCAGAGGGAAAGGUGAAGAUCAAACUGGAACAUGACGGGACAGUACUGGAUGUGGAUGAGGAUGAUGUGGAGAAGGCAAAUCCUCCAUCCUUUGACCGCUCUGAAGACUUGGCGACUCUGCUCUACCUGAACGAGUCGAGCGCGAUGCACUGUCUGCGGCAGCGCUACGGAGGAAACCUCAUCCACACUUACGCUGGGCCCAGCAUGGUGGUCAUCAACCCCAUCAGCGCUCCUUCCAUGUACUCUGAGAAGGUGAUGCACAUGUUUAAAGGCUGCAGGCGUGAGGACACAGCACCUCAUAUCUAUGCUGUGGCUCAGUCGGCCUACCGGAACCUUCUGACCACACGGCAGGACCAGUCCAUCGUUCUGCUUGGCAAAAGUGGCAGUGGGAAGACCACCAACUGCCAGCACCUGGUGCAGUACCUGCUGUCCAUUGCUGGCAGCACUGGCAAGAUCUUUUCUGCAGAGAAAUGGCAGGCAGUCUACACUAUCCUGGAGGCAUUUGGGAACUGCACUACCUCCAUGAAUUCAAAUGCAAGCCGUUUCUCCCAGAUUGUCUCUCUGGACUUUGACCAAGCCGGCCAGGUGGCCUCUGCCUCCAUCCAGACGAUGCUGCUGGAGAAACUGAGGGUGGCCAAGAGGCCGGAGGCUGAGUCCACUUAUAAUGUGUUUUAUUACAUGAUGGCUGGGGCUGACAGCACUCUCAGGACCGAGCUUCAUUUCAACCACUUUGCUGAGAAAAACACCUUUGGAAUUAUGCCUCAUUCAAAGUCUGAAGACAAGCAGAAGGCAGCACAGCAGUUCACUAAGCUGCAGGCAGCUAUGAAGGUGCUCGGUAUCUCUGCUGAUGAGCAGAAAGCUCUUUGGCUCAUACUGGGGGCCAUCUACCACCUGGGAGCUGCCGGGGCCACGAAAGUCGGCCGUAAACAGUUUGCACAUCAUGAGUGGGCCCAGAAGGCGGCCUACCUCCUGGGCUGCACUCUCGAAGAACUUUCCUCAUCCAUCUUCAAACAUCAUCCAAAAGGAACCCUGCAGAGAUCCACCUCCUUCCGCCAAGGUCCAGAUGACAUCGGCGCUGGAGAAAGCCCAGGUACAAAAAUCACGGCUCUGGAGUGUCUGGAGGCCUUGGCUGCUGGGCUCUACGCAGAACUCUUUACUCUCGUCAUCUCCCUCAUCAACCGAGCACUGAAGUCAAGUCAGCACUCGCUGUGCUCUCUUCUAAUUGUGGACACUCCGGGUUUUCAAAACCCUCGGCUAGCGAAGCGCGGCGCCACUUUUGAGGAGCUGUGCCAUAACUAUGCUCAGGAGCGCCUGCAGGCCCUGUUCCAAGAGCGUACGUUUGUCCAGGAGCUUGAGCGAUACAAGGAGGAAAACAUAGAGCUUGCAUUAGAUGACAUAGAGCCCAGUACUUCCUUAUCUGUAGCAGCUAUAGACCAGGCCUCAACCCAAGCGCUGGUGAGGACUCUGGCGAGGACUGAUGAGGCACGCGGAUUGUUGUGGCUGAUGGAGGAAGAGGCUCUGCAGCCCGGGGGCUCCGAGGAAACUUUGCUGGAGCGCCUUUUCAGCUACUACGGCCCCACAGAGGGAGAGGUCAAAGGCCCGAACCUUCUACUGAAGAGUGAGAAGCAGUAUCACUUCCUGCUGGGUCAUAGUCAUGGCACAGACUGGGUGGAAUAUGAUGUUCUGGGCUGGUUGUGUCACGCCAAGCAGAACCCAGCCUCCCAGAAUGCUGUCACUCUGCUACAGGACUCGCAGAAGAAGAACAUUAGCGGGUUGUUCAUGGGGCGUUCAGGAGGCGCCACCGUGCUUUCAGGCUCCAUUGCCGGCCUUGAAGGAGGUUCUCAGCUGGCCCUGCGUCGGGCCACCAGCAUGAGGAAGACUUUCACCACCGGCAUGGCUGCCGUCAAAAAGAAGUCCCUGUGUAUCCAGAUCAAGCUGCAAGUGGAUGCUCUUAUAGACACAGUGAGGCGUUCCAGGGUGCAUUUUGUGCACUGCCUGCUGCCCAAAGCAGAGGCUCUGAGUGGAGAGCUGCGUUUUCAUGGAGAAAGCUGUGACACGGGGCUCAUGCAGCUAGACGUGGUGCUGCUGCGCGCUCAGCUCCGAGGCUCCAAGCUGCUUGAUGCUCUGCGCAUAUAUCGCCAAGGUUACCCCGAUCACAUGGUGUUCUCCGAGUUCCGCCGGCGCUUUGACGUACUCGCACCACACCUGACUAAAAAACAUGGACGUAACUAUAUUGUGACAGAUGAGAAAAGGGCUGUGGAGGAGCUACUAGCGUUUCUGGAGCUGGAGAAAAGCAGCUAUCACAUGGGUUUGAGCAGGGUAUUCUUCCGGGCAGGUGUUCUGGCUAAGCUGGAGGAACAGAGGGAUCUGCAGACCAGGCGCAACAUCACGCUCUUCCAGGCCACCUGCAGAGGCUACCUCGCCCGGCAAGCCUUCAAAAAGAGGAAGAUCCAAGACCUGGCCAUCCGCUGCAUCCAGAAGAACAUCAAGAAGAACCAUGGCGUGAAGGACUGGCCCUGGUGGAAGCUCUUCACCACCGUACGGCCUCUCAUCCAAGUGCAGCUCAGCGAGGAGCAGAUUCGUGGCAAAGACGAGGAGAUUCAGCAGCUGAAGCUGAAGCUGGAGAAAGUGGAGAAGGAGAGAAACGAGCUGCGACUCAACACUGAUCGUUUAGAGAGCAGGAUCACAGAGCUGUCAUCAGAGCUAGCUGAUGAAAGGAACACGGGCGAGUCUGCCUCUCAGCUGCUCGAGUCCGAGACCUCCGAGAGACUACGGCUGGAGAAGGACAUGAAAGACCUUCAGGCCAAGUUCGACACUAUGAAGAAGCAGAUGGAGUCUAUGGAGAUGGAGGUCAUGGAGACUCGGCUCAUACACGCCUCCGAGCUUAACGGAGAGAUGGACGACGAUGACACAGGAGGAGAGUGGAGACUGAAGUAUGAGCGAGCAGUCCGUGAGAUUGAGUUCACCAAGAAGAGGCUGCAGCAAGAGUUCGACGACAAGCUGGAGGUGGAGCAGCAGAACAAGAGGCAGCUUGAAAGACGGCUGACAGACAUGCAGGCAGACAAUGAGGAGGUGCAGCGGGUGGCGCAGCAACUGAAGAAGAAAUGCCAAAAGCUGACAGCCGAGCUUCAGGACACCAAACUCCACCUGGAGGGCCAGCAAAGUCGCAACCAUGAGCUGGAGAAGAAGCAGAGGAAGUUUGACUCUGAGCAGAGUCAGGCCCAAGAGGAGGUGCAGAAAGAGAGAAGUCAGCGUGAGAAGCUGAGCCGGGAGAAAGACAUACUGACUGGAGAAGUAUUCGGCCUCCGACAACAAUUGGAGGACAAAGAUCUGGAAAUGUGUGCUCUCAAUCUGAAGCUGGAGCAGAUGGAGGCUGAGCUGCAGGAUCUGAACUCUCAGGAGUCAAAGGAUGAGGCCUCACUAGCCAAGGUCAAAAAGCAGCUCCGUGACUUGGAGGCAAAAGUCAAAGAUCAGGAGGAGGAACUGGAUGAGCAAGCAGGCAGUAUUCAAAUGUUGGAGCAGGCCAAGCUACGUUUAGAGAUGGAAAUGGAGAGGCUGAGACACACGCACUCUAAAGAGAUCGAGAGCAAAGAUGAUGAGGUGGAGGAGAUCAGACAGUCAUGUAGUAAGAAGCUGAAGCAGAUGGAGGUCCAGUUGGAGGAGGAGUAUGAAGAUAAACAGAAGGUCCUUAGGGAUCGAAGAGAGCUGGAGGCCAAGCUGCUGACCGCACAAGACCAGGUUAGCCACAGAGAUAUAGAGACAGAAAAGCGCCUCAGGAAAGAUCUAAAACGCACCAAAGCCCUUCUGGCUGAUGCCCAGAUCAUGCUGGACCACCUGAAGAACAACGCACCUAGCAAGAGGGAGAUUGCCCAGCUGAAAAACCAGCUGGAGGAGUCAGAGUUCACCUGUGCUGCUGCAGUCAAGGCCCGCAAGGCCAUGGAGGUGGAAAUCGAGGACCUUCAUGUUCAGAUGGAUGACAUCUCCAAAACCAAGCAGGCUUUGGAGGAACAACUGAGCCGUGUGCAGCGGGAGAAGAACGACCUGCAGUCGCGCAUGGAGGAAGACCAGGAGGACAUGAACGAGCUCAUGAAGAAGCACAAAGCAGCUGUUGCCCAGUCCUCUCAGAGCCUGGCACAGGUCAGCGAGCUCCAGACGCAGCUAGAGGACGCUAUGAAGGAGAAACAGGAAGUCCAGGAGAAGCUCACGGCACUGCAGAGUCAGUUGGAGUUUCAAGAACAGUCUAUGGUGGACAAAUCUCUGGUCAGCAGGCAAGAGGCCAAGAUCCGUGAGACCGAGACCAAACUUGAGUUUGAGAAGACACAGGUGAAACGUCUGGAGAGUCUAGUGUCGAGGCUGAAGGAGAAUAUAGAAAAACUGACUGAGGAACGUGACCACCGUAGCACCAGUGAGAACCGUGAGAAGGAGCAAAACAAACGACUGCAGCGUCAAAUCCGUGACCUCAAGGAGGAGAUGGGUGAACUGGCCAAAAAGGAGGCUGAAGCCACCCGGAAAAAGCACGAGUUGGAAAUGGACAUUGAGAGCAUGGAAGCUGCAAAUCAGAGUCUUCAGGCAGACCUCAAGCUGGCCUUCAAAAGGAUCGGUGACCUGCAGGCGGCUAUCGAAGAUGAGAUGGAGAGCGAUGACAACGAGGAUCUUAUCAACAGUUUACAAGAGAUGGUGACUAAGUAUCAGAAACGAAAGAACAGAAUUGAAGGUGACUCAGAUUCCUGCACUGAAGUGGAGGACCGAGUUGAUGGUGUGAAGUCCUGGCUCUCAAAAAACAAAGGCUCGGCCAAGAACCUGUCAGAUGACAGCAGCCUGAAGAGCUCAAGUCCCGCCUCUGGUCGAAGACGCUUCUGCCUCAACAGAUCUGAUGAGGAAGAGGAGGAGGAGAAGGAAGAAAAGCGCACAGCCCGACGCGCCUACCGCUGCUGAUAUGCCUGGAGCAGCUACCUGAAUGACAGGGGCAAGCAGGAGACGAGCAUGUUACACUUCUAUACACUCACAAACAAGCAAACACACACGCGCACUCUCUCUCUCUCUCUCUCUCUCUCUCUCUCUCUCUCUCUCUCUCUGUCUCUCACACACACACACACACACACACACACACACCCCUCACAUCUUGCUACUCAGUAUUGGCAUCCUCCUUUGAGUCCUGAUGCAAAUGAGAGGAUCUCUAUCAAGGAAAAGUAUUCUGGAGCACCAUCAUCCAUCUCUUUACUGCACUGCGCGCGCACACAGCCGUCACAUUUUAUUAUCGCAUAUAGUAAUGUCACUUCUACUUUCGUGCAUUGUGUUAUGGAUACUUACGCCUUCAAGUAUCAAAGACGCACUACACUGGAAGUUUUUGGGGAUUUUUUUAUUUUAUGUCGUUGGACCUGCUUUGUCUCGUUUCCCCAAGUACUUCCCCAGAGUGUACUGUACCGUUCCACCUGGUCCCUCCUGGUCCUGCCGGCACAAGUCAAGCUGAGCCCAGGGAUUACCUUGCUAGUGUAAAGUGGGGAGAUUUGUCCUGUUUGCACUUGAUUAAAAAUAGGAAAAUGGAAACAAAUAUUGUUCUACCAAAAAAGCUUUUGUUGCAAGUGUGUACAUAGAUUUUUCAGGAAAAAAAUUUUUUUUUCCUUUCCUUGACUUUGAGUAAUGUAAGGAAAGUAGUGUCAUCAAUAUAAUCUCAGCUUUCUGUAGGUAUGAGCAACCCCCCCCCCCCCCCCCACACACACACACACACACUGCGUCCUGAGACCCUGAGCUGUCUUUCCUCAGCGAUCUUGCAGUGCAGCGAAUUCAUUUUUUCAUGCUGAAGAAGGCUGCAACCUCUGUUUCUCCCUCUCUGUCCUCACUGUGAUUUUGGGAUGUCGCACAUCAUUCGCCUGAUAGUACUGUGCUCAUGAUUGAAAUUCUCGGCUCAGCUGUCAUCUUCCUUUUUCACCAUUGUGUUUAUGCUUAUUUUGCUUCUUGCUCCUAGCGUACAUUCUGGCUUUCCAAAGGGAAUGUGCUUGAUCCUCAGUUUGGUGCAGUUUGACGAUUACCUUGCCCAUUUCCUUUAUUUUCACAUGGUCAAAUACUGGAAAGUGCAUCAUCUUUGACAGUUGUGAAUGGCUUUUAAAUUGAUAUUAUACAACUAAACAACACACAAGUGGCAUGAGCACAUGAAUGGAACUGAUGCUGUGAAUCCAGCUUUCCUUCCUUCCAUAAUUCCUUACACCCUUGCUUGCUUACUACCCUCCUUCCGUAUUUCCUCCCCUUCCUUUGUUCCUUAAGUAUGUUUCCAUGUUGGAUUCUGCAGUAUUUUCAGCCUUACUUUUUGCUUUUUAGGUAGAGCUGCACUUUCUUCUGCCGUUGCUCUUAUUUUGCUUUCAUUAUAGUAUUUAUGGACUAGCAUUAAUGAAGUGAGCAAAGUUGCCAAAUGCACACCGUUUUACAAAAAGCAUGGAGAGAAAAGAUCCGCUGCUUUUAUUUUAUUUCGAAGGGAGCCAGCAUUUGUUUCACGUGGUUUUUAUGAACUCUCAUAGGUCAGUGAUUUCUUCCUCAUUUCUAUGCAGUCAUUAUUAAUUUUAUUAUAAAGAGUGUGUGUUUUAUCAUGUUUUGGCUCCAGACAAACACAAGGCAAAAAGAUACAUAACACUGCUGGCUGUACACAUUAAUAUGAAUAUAUAAGUCUGUAUGAUUCAUCAUAGCUUUUAAAAUAACUCAUGUUUAUUUUCCUUCUUGAAUAAAUGACCACUUGUUAUAAGUAAUAAUUUUUCCAUUAUGGUUUAAUAUAUUGUAAAUAAAUGAUGGUGAUUGUUA